AUUAGCCUUUAGCAGUCUUUAGUUCAUGCCUAACUUGAACAAUUUUAGUGCAAUCGGCUGUGAUCGGUAAUGACCAGUGAUGAUAGGUUGCUUCGAAUUGAAACGUUAACAGACGCGUUAAUUACCACGUCUAAUUUUCUGUCAUUUGUACAGAUUGUCAUUGACAAACUGCACAAGUUAAUGAACAAUAUCGUAAGAUCGUAUGGCACAUUAUGCAAAUUAAUCUACAUAACCAAUAGGAUGCAAUGCAAUUGUGUCAUACAAAAUUAAAGGCUGAUUAUUAUCAAGACAAAUCUGCUGUUGUAUCAACUCUAUUUCAGUGAAGAAGUUUGAUACUACUUUCUGCUAUGGCUGACGUUAGAGAACUUCCUGAACUACGUGCAUUUAGGAUAGUCUUCUUUCAUUGCCUCGUUAUAAUUACCUUACCAGUACUUUCAUUCUUUACCAGCAAGAUUUUCUUAUUCGAUGGAUUACUGGGAUUGGACACCAUACCGAGUAAUGUCUAUGCAGCAGGAAUAGCCGUGAUAGUGUUACAUGCUGCUUUGGGAGCUUUUAUAUAUAAAGCAUACUUUGAUACCCAACCAAAAAUUUCUUCUAAAUCGGAUUAACUUUUCUGAUAUUUAAGGCUAAAGAUAAGUUAGCCAUAUUGACUCGUAACAUGAAGGCAAACAAAUUGCAUGAGAUUUCUGACGGCUAUUUUGCAAAAUCUGUGACAUGUGCCAAUAAAGGCCAGGUCGCGAAAUUUGAUUUUCAUGGAAUGUAUCAGCUAUUCCAAGCCAGUUAAUUUGAUUAUGCAAAACAAAAAUGAGAUAACAGUGUUAUUAGCCUAUCGGAGUGAGGGACAGACUUACAAUUAUAAAGUAAUAAUAAUCUGGUAAUCAGCAUGUCAUAAAUACAAAUGGACUAACAUAUUUUACAUACUCGCUAAUCAUUUUAACAUCCAUAUCUCAACGAAAAUAUAAAAAAUGCAACUAAAUAUUCGUUACGUCGUUAAUGUUGGCAAAAUAAUGUCAGUAGUAGUAUCAUUUACCGAUAUUAUUGAAUAUUCCCAAGCUUCACAUAUUGAAUGCAACUAGCAUACAAGUCACCAGGAACAUUGGAUCGAGUUUUAAUUCCUUAAUUAAAUCUACGUCUGAAAAUGCAACGAAUACAGUCAUGUAAAUGAGGGACGUUAUUCAGUGGAGGAAUGAGAUGUGUAAAGAUAUGCACGUUAGAGACUCGCCUAGUGGUUUUACAAUUCUUUCUAUUUACUUGGAAAAGUUACAGUGCGUUCAUAAUAAUGCAUAAAAAAAGAUCUACAGUAACGCAGACGUGAGACACUAUUCAAUUGCGAUUUGUUCGGUAAAUAAAAACAAGGCCCAGUGUUUCAUUUGAACGUUAGAACGUAAAUACAACUAACAACAAUAUAUACAUCCAACCGUCGAAUGAAAGACUGGCCAAUCCUAAUGGCUGUCAUUGAAGUUAUUAAUUGCAAAGUACGGAAGGCAGGUAAAUCAUGUAAACAUUCCUAGCCUGUAGCAUCUUAAAGCGGCACAUCUUAAUACGAGUAUCUUGUGUCAUUUCGCUAUUAUUGUAAAGUACAUGUGUACAAAUGAUACAGUUUUGUAUGUAUGAGGUUUAUACUGCGCUAUAAUAGUAAACCAUUAAAAUCCAA